AUGCCCACUCUCAACCUCGACCUGCCUAACGGCAUCAAGUCCACCAUCAAGACCGACUUGUUCAUCAACAACAAGUUCGUCCCCGCUCUCGACGGCAAGACCUUCGCCACCGUCAACCCUUCCACCGGCAAGGAGAUCGGUCAGGUCGCCGAGGCCUCCGCCAAGGAUAUCGAUGUCGCCGUCAAGGCCGCCCGUGAGGCCUUCGAGACCGUCUGGGGUGAGAACACCCCCGGUGACGCUCGUGGCCGCCUUCUGAUGAAGCUCGCCGACCUGGUCGAGGCCAACAUUGACGAGCUCGCCGCCAUCGAGUCGCUCGACAACGGCAAGGCCUUCUCCAUCGCAAAGGGCUUCGACGUCUCGGCUGUCGCCGCCAACCUGCGCUACUACGGUGGCUGGGCCGACAAGAACCACGGCAAGGUUAUGGAGGUCGACAACAAGCGUCUCAACUACACCCGUCACGAGCCCAUCGGUGUCUGCGGUCAGAUCAUCCCCUGGAACUUCCCCUUGCUCAUGUUCGCCUGGAAGAUCGGACCCGCGCUUGCCACCGGUAACACCAUCGUCCUCAAGACUGCCGAGCAGACCCCACUCUCCGCUUUCAAGAUGUGCGAGCUCAUCGCCGAGGCUGGCUUCCCCGCCGGUGUCGUCAACGUCGUUUCUGGUUUCGGUCCCGUCGCCGGUGCCGCCAUCUCGCAGCACAUGGACAUCGACAAGAUCGCCUUUACCGGUUCCACCCUGGUCGGUCGCAACAUCAUGAAGGCGGCUGCCUCGACCAACCUGAAGAAGGUCACCCUCGAGCUCGGCGGCAAGUCGCCCAACAUCGUCUUCAAGGACGCCGACCUGGAGCAGGCUGUCAAGUGGUCCGCCUUCGGUAUCAUGUUCAACCACGGCCAGUGCUGCUGUGCCGGCUCGCGUGUCUACGUUGAGGAGGAGAUCUACGACGCCUUUAUGGAGAAGAUGACCGCCUACUGCAAGGGUCUCCAGGUCGGUGACCCCUUCGCCGAGAACACCUUCCAGGGUCCCCAGGUCUCGCAGCUCCAGUACGACCGCAUCAUGGAGUACAUCGAGUCCGGCAAGAAGGACGCCAACCUCCACCUCGGUGGUGUUCGCAAGGGUGACCAGGGCUACUUCAUCGAGCCUACCAUCUUCACCGACGUGCCUCACGAUGCCAAGAUCGCCAAGGAGGAGAUCUUCGGCCCUGUCGUCGUCGUUACCAAGUUCAAGGACGAGAAGGACCUCAUCCGAAUCGCCAACGACUCGAUCUACGGCCUGGCCGCUGCCGUCUUCAGCCGAGACAUCAGCCGCGCGCUCGAGACCGCCCAUAAGCUCAAGGCUGGCACCGUCUGGGUCAACAACUACAACCUACUCGUACCCCAGGUGCCCUUCGGUGGCUACAAGGCUUCGGGUAUUGGCCGAGAGCUCGGCGAGUACGCGCUGACCAACUACACCAACGUCAAGGCCGUCCACGUCAACCUCAGCAUGCCCGCUCCUAUCUAA